GCAUAGUUUUCCCGGUGCAGUACCGAGCAGUACCGAAAGCGAGAGAAGACACACGAACAAAAAAAGGUCGGUCUACCCUGUUAGGUAUUAAAACGCUUCCUCUGUGUGUAACGCGUGUACUGUCUGUAGUAACGUAACACAGACACACAGAUACGCACACAAGCACCCAGCAUCACAGAUACCACUGACGUCAGGUUUUUUGGCGUACGGUUUACGGCGUCGUGUAUUAGCAGUUGUUGUAAUCGCAAUCGUGCACUGCAGCAUCCGUGGCUAGAGUGGACGAAACACAACAGUGAGUGGGUGGGUGAGUUGGAGUUUAUAAAGCACAACUGUUGCGAUUUAGUAACAGCAGCAACAACACCAUAACGCUAAUGUGAAGUGGGAAUAAAAAACGGUCAAUUACAACCGUGCAACAAGUAGGCUCCGCUGGUUGGUGGCUGCCGUGCUUAUCAGUUGCAAAUCUCGGCCCGACAAAUAAGUGCAGUGUGUGAGGGUGUGCAAGUGUAAAGAAGAUAACAGAUAAAAGUGUGUGUGUUGUGGUCAGAGCAAUUGGAGAAGCAACCUCAGCAAAAAAAUAGAAAACGGAAGAAUGUGCAGUGAAGACUGUUGGUAGUGGUGUCAAGACGAAUUGAAACGAUUUAAGGACAUUCUGAGCUAAUUUUCCUUUUUAAGGUUAAAAGGAAUCAAUUUAGUGCAUUUUGUGUGAAAUAUUAAAGAAACAAUUGCGUCAAUCGAGUCGAACAGAGCUCGACGGCAAAGUGACAGCAUUCUUAAAGCAACCGAAGGUGAUUAGCCCGAAUCCUUUGUGGCAGUGCAGUGAAUAGGAAAACCUUGACGACCGUGUCAAAGACUUGCUGCUCAGCACAGCAGCGGGAGAUCAGGCAACAAAAGACUUUGCCAAACCGACCUGAGAUUUGGGUCACUUUCUAAAGGGGCCCUUAGGCGGUAAAUUGAACAAAAAAAUAGUUCCAGCAGCAGAGGACGUGGUCAGGAUGAAGACGGAGGAGAAAACAAAUGUACCCCGGGUACGGAUAGCGGUGCUCGGAAAUGUCAAUGUCGGAAAAUCUGCCCUCACCGUGCGCUACCUGACCCGACGGUUCAUCGGCGAGUACAGCUCCAACACGGACCUGCUCUACAAGCAAACCGUCACGCUCGACAGCGGCGUGCUGGAUGUGGAGAUAGUGGACAUCUCGGCGGAGAACGACAACGGCUUCCCGGUGGAGCAGAUCCAGUGGGCCGACGCCUGCCUGAUCGUGUACAGCAUCACCGACCGGGCCAGCUACGAGUACGCCCAGCGGUCACUGGCCGAGCUGCGGCAGCUGCAGAACGCACCGUCCGCCUACCUGGUCGGCAACAAGGCCGAUCUGGAUCACCUGCGUGAGGUACAGGAAACGGAAGGCGCAUCGCUGGCCGCGUCGCACGCGAUCGGCUUCUGCGAGGUGUCGGUGGCGGACAACACGCCCGCCCUCUACAAAGCGUUCGAACGGUUGCUGGUGGAAUCACGGGCCCGCCCGGUCAAGCCGCGCAAGUUCUCCGUCAGCAAAAUGUUUGGAACGCUGAUCGGUAACAACGGCACACGGCAACCGCCAGUCAGCCAGGGUACGGUCGUGCCAUGCCACAAAGGCGAGCUGCACAAGUCGCGCGUGAUGAAGCGACGCCAGGCCUUCACAGCGACUGCCUCCCUAUGACCGACGUCGACCACGGCCGAGGACAGCAAUUAAACAAAGCAGCUUAGCAGCGGGGUGCAUAUUCGGUGUGUAGAGAGGACACUGAGAAGCUGACGGAGGGACGGGACGGAAGGGGCCAGAAAAACCAAACCAAAAUUUGUGAUGCUAGAAAUAAUAUUGGAAGUGAUCCCCCUCCCCUCUUUUUUGGCUCCAACCGUCGUUCCCGCCCGUCGUCGUUUUCCGUGAGUGCGUCGUCCCGCGUUUCGAUACAAUCGGCGCUCAUCAAUUGGCUCUUGCUCGGCUUCUUGAUUUAAUCUUAUUAGAGUUUCCCCUUUUUCCCACCAAAACCGUAUAGUGUCCCGCAUCUCGAUAUAUAAGUCGCUUCAGCAUCCCGAGAAACGCCUUUAUCGUUUUAGCUAAAGGUAGUGAGUUCUCGCGGGGGGAGGCUCUUUCAAAGCGUACUAGACAGCGAUGCAAUCCGGCGUGUGUGCGUCAAACUGUGUGUGUGUGUGAGUGUUUCUACAGACAGGAUGUUGUUGUUGAUCGUUUGCAAAUCCUUUUUCCCCUCGGAAUCGAUAUCCCUUAACCCUACUAUCACUUUCUCUCUCCCGCUUCACGUGUAACAGCAAGUAAACAGCAGCAAAAGCAACACAUUAGUAGCGCGUUUUUCGCAAGCAGGCGCGCCUCCUCCCCCGUUCCUUGGCUUUUCUGGAUGGAAAAUUUUCCUUCCACAGCGGCACGCUUUCCACCCAAUCGAGCCUCAUUAGUGUCGUCGCCUGGCAGCGACAGCUGGAGAAUGUGGGCUUUCCGGCCCGGCGAAGAAGGGGUUCAGUUUCAAGCAUCUAAGCGAAGAAAGAAGCGCUUCAUCAGCGAAGAAAAAAUGGGAGAGAAAAAAAGCAAACACAACCACUAGCAAGAAAAAGGUGGCGUUAGCGGGGGGCUGUUGCGGGAAAGAUCGAAAAAGUUGUCCACGUGGCGCAUAAUUUUGAGGCCCACCGCACGGGUGGCAUGCGUAAUUGAUUAUUUGUUUUUUUGGGGAUGGUGGUGGUUUUCUGUGUACUCCUUCGUUUUGCAUUGAACGGAAACUGAGCAGGAAAGGGCACACCACACAUUCGCAUAAUUUUGUACCAUGUGUGCGGGAAUGGGCCGACAAGCAGCACUAAUGGGUGGGUGGAAAGAAAGCGCGACAGUAUCACCUUCACCAGCGAUUGUAUAAUCAAGUGCAUGUGUCCGUGGGCGUGCAGUAAUUUUCCACACCGAAGACAAACAGUUUCCAGUUCGCUCCGGUCUUUUGCUCCUUUUCUCGUUACUAUGACGGAAUUGGUGACUGGAGUUGGGGCCUUUCCACAGCUAACACAACUCUCGUUAGCUGUGAAGAUGAUUAAUAAUUGUGUAAUAAUAAGCCGAACGGCACGAGCACAAUCUGGUUCUUGUUAACAUGUGGUGUUCUCGUAACGAUUAUACGAUAAGUUUACCAGUUACAUCAUCCCGAUAUCGAUGGUAUCAUGCUAUUGGUUUGCCCUUAACGGAAAGUUAAUCCUGUUCUGUUGAACUUUCGAUCGCUGAAUUGUUUUGUGCAGACUCGUGUCUUGCUAUACAAACAACCAAAUCUUGCUGGUGAGGCUCGCUUUUUCCCCCUCCCGAAACGAUGCUCUAUCUCGCGGACAGUUUCGAGCUGUUUGUUCAAAUUCGUCUUAGCGCAAAAACAAACAAACAAGCAACGAAACGAGUCAAAACACACGAAUCAUUGCAUUCAAAAGCAGUGUCCACAGGCGGCAAAGGCCUUAUCGGUUCGCUGGAAAAAGUGCCUGGACAUUUAGCUGGAAGUUUAUUCCGAGUUUACUGGGAAAUCACACACUUACACAAAAACAAAGUCUGUGUAAAAAUCCCGCAUUUUGCGUUGUUUUCAACUAAUCACCAUCAGACCAGAUCAAUAGAGCGCUGGACAUCUGUUUGAUUGUUGCUCCCUCGGGCGGGAGGGAAAUUAAUCCAGCUUUGAAGGAUACGAUUCGCCAUAAAUCCCAAACCUGUUUGCUGUCGCUCAUCUUGCAAGUCAUCCCCAGCCAGGUGCCAGGGCAUUGCGGGCGAUGGAUGGCAGUUGUUUGCUGCGAAACGCCUCUGUCUGUCAAUUUUGCCAUCAUUGCGAUUAUUACUCGUUUCCAUCUUUCUGCCACAGCAAAAACAAAAAAAUGGGCGCCCAUUUUGGUUCGUUAUAUUUCAGGACACUCCUCGUGAGCGCUAUUUGCGGGCGCCUGGCUGGCUAUAAAUGCAGCCACACUCGUGAAGGCGUUUCGAUACGCUGUGGUGUUAUUCUAUUGGUCGCGUGUGUCACAAAUCAAACGUGUCUGUAUAGUUGCAAAGUGUGCAGAGGCGUGAUCCAUUGGACGAUCUAUUUCCGCUCACUAUCCACCGCUUCAUGCUGGACUAUUAUUACACGCAGACUAUAAGUUGUCUCGCGUCGCGUUGUGGCGCAGCAUUGGGGGCAAUAAAUAGCACCCAAUUUAAGUGCUGCAAAAGCGUAAUUUAAAUGAUAACAACACUUCCAAACCAACAGGAUUGAUUCAUCAAGAAAUAAGGCAAAGGACAAAACACAUAUCCGCCUUUAUUAAAGUGCUUGCAAUGCGUUUGCGUUUUGACUUUAAACCUUCUCGAAGCAAAAGAGGGAGGAAGGAAAAAUGUUUCCAUUGCUUUCGUCGGCUCUUUGUGUGCUGGUUGGUUCGCACCGGGUUUGACGCAAGUGACGCGAGUGCGCGCAUCCCGUCAUGACCGGAUUGAGAGACAGCGGAGCGCGCACAAACCUUUGGCGGGGCUCUCCUCCGAUGUUUUUCCCUAUCCCAAGAUCUGUCAUUGGCAGAGCUCUUUUCCGAUAUCGCCGCGCCCGGGAGUUUCUCGAAUCUCGCCGUCUGGGAAUAGGCUGAAAACAAAAAAACCAAACGCAAAGGUGGACCAACGCGUCCCUCUUACUCUCUCUCGCUCGCUCGCCCCUCCGUCUGUUUGUGGUUUUAGACGGACGAGCUGGCGAUGAGUUUGUGUUUGACUCAUCGUAAAAAUAGAUCCCUUUUUGCUGCCUCCUACCUAGCAGUGGUUGGUGCCGGUUUGGUAGGAUUCUUUCGUUUUGCUUUGCUGUACACAUUUCAAUGUGUUUCACCGGGGCUUGCUGUGCUCCAACCGGAACCGAUCAGUGAGCCGGUGUGUGUGUGUGUCACAAACGUCAUUCGGCAAAGCGUAUCGCAUCGGACGGGGGAGCGCCAUAUUGGCCACGGAGCGGGGACCAGCGCCGCACAGCAUGGCAUUUCCGGGCAGCUUUGAUGAGAGUAGGGAGCAAGGGGCAAUGAAGGCGUACGUCUGUUUAAUUCCAGCGUUUCGCUGCCAAAUACGUCAUGCAUUUCCCGCAGUGGCAUUGUUUUGCUGUAGUGGCGUAAAAACCGCGCCUCCCAACCCGGUGAUGCCUUUGAGUGAUGGUUAACUAUUUUUGAAUUCCUUUCCCUUGCAGAUGAGCAUUUUUUUUAGCGGCACACACGUCCUCGGACGUCAUUAACGCUGUGUGGCUUUGGAAGAAAAAAAGGUGAAUCGUUACGUGUGUGUGUGUUUGCUAGUGCAAGUAGAAAAACCUCCCUUCCCCCAAACGAUCAAUGGUGAUCGUUUGUGCGCGAAAAGCUGGUGUUUGAUCCUUUUUCUUUUGCUUUUUUGUUGUUGUUGGAAAGCUGACUUAUUUCGAGACCAAAGAUGAAUGAGUUGUUUUUGGUAGAUGGGGAAGUGGUUUUAGGGUCAUUCAUUAUAUGCUGUUCCCUCUACGACACCGCUGACAUUGAAGCAGUGUGUCAUUACAUUAUGUUCCGAUUUGCAAAUGAUCAACCUUCAUGCAUUUGAAGCAUCGUUAUCUUUUUCUCUGAUUUUACACUCUUUCGCAACUAUCCAAACGCAACUCAUCCCUCUUGACUGCUGUUCUUUUCACUCCUUGCAUUAAUUAAGGAACGAGAGCGUUUGCCUUGGCGAAGCAUUUGCAAUUGGACCGUUGAGGGUACAGUAACAAAGGGUACGGUGAAGGGAGGAGGAGGUUCAAAAUUUCAAGCAAGGCUGUGAGUAAAGUUAAGUUUUACGCUUUUUCUUUCGAUUCGCUUCGCUCCAUCCUUCUGCUGUCCCGAUACUAUCUGCUUGCUGCUGUUUGAGUUUCUUUGAGGGUAUUGCAAAGUAGAGGAAAAGAAAAUGAAGUAAAUUAGUGGCAAAAAUUGAAACAAUCAAACACACACACACAGAUAAUGGCACACGGCCGACCCGGUUGCAUCCUGAGUAAUUGUUUGGUUUGAAAGCCCAAGAACGAUCAAGCUGUUGCCCCCCCCCCCCAUUCUAAUUGUAUUCCUUUCGAAUGGUAAAAAAGAAAACAAAGAAACAUAUAUCUCCCGUUAACAUAGAUGUCAAUGCCAAUUGGAACCAAAGCCGCCAAAAUGCGAUAAAAAUUCCCAUUACAGGAAAUGAAAUGUAAGGUUAACACUCGUACACUCUCUUCUCUGCUUGGCUGCGCGAACGCAUCCAAUAUUAAAGCGGAUCGCAGGUUGCAAGAGCGACACUUUUAAUAGCGUAUAGAGAAAGAAGAAAAUAGAUAAAACAAUGAAUGUUAGGGUAAGGAAUUGGAAACGAUGCAGCACACUGUGAGCCUAAUAUCAAAUGUUAGAUUUAUCGUGAUUUUGACGCUAUUAGUGAUCGAUCGGCACACAAACAAGUCGGCUCAGUCUAUUGUUACGGUAGGUUAAACAAAAACGUAUGCUACGGGGAAUGGUAUAGAGUAGCAGGAAAGAUGGAGAAGCAAAUCAAAACAGCUGGAACUGAAUGAAGUAGGCAAGCGAAAAAGGUUACACAAAAAAUCGUUAUAAACCCGCAAUUUGUGGCUCCCGAUGUGCGCAUAUCUUUAAUAUCCUUAUGUUUAAAACCACAACCCACGCGUAAAAGAACAGGGACGCUCGUGCUCUACUAAAUUAGUUCCAUUAACGGAUAAUGGUCUCUCGAGCGUAGGAUGCGAUUUAGCUAGGAAAGCGUGAUUGAUAGCAUUGCUUUACGCUCGCCCAGAGGACCCAGCUGUAAUGAAGUGAAAAUUAAGAAGCAUUUUGCACCAAACCACACGGAUGUUUGAUGUUGCUUUCCGGCCCAACCCAUCCCUGCGAAAGUCUCUAGUGGAAACCAGUUGAACCGCUUAAAUCGAAAUCGAAACCAUUGUGCGGUAAAACCCCGUUUCCCUAAACUACUUGUAUUAUUAACUGGUAAGAGUUUUGUUUUAUGCGUACGCGUUUAUUGACAUUAACGGAGUCUGCGUGAGUCUUUGAUUAUGGGUGAAAAGAAAAACAAAACGGAAAAUAAAGAUAAGCAUUUGUACUAAAUAUGAAACAUAA